AAGCGGAAACGUAUCUACGUUAAUUCCGCGAGACUUUGGUGUACGGAAGCUUCUAGGCCUGGGUUUGUUGAGUUUAGGUUGUAAUUUGGGGAUUUGUGUUUGAAAAAAGGCUGGCUAUUGCGGAGUCGAAAAAAUGGCGACUACUAUGACUCUGCUUCCUGGUUCCAAUGCUGACGAGGUUGUGAAACAGCUUCUAGAGGGUGCCGAGCCUGUAAAGGUGGAGAAUGGACAGAGCACAGCGUCUAAACUUGGGCUUCCACCUCUUACUCCAGAGCAGCAGGAAGCAUUACAGAAGGCAAAGAAGUAUGCAAUGGAACAAAGCAUCAAGAGUGUGCUAGUGAAGCAAACAAUUGCACACCAGCAGCAGCAGCUGACGAACUUGCAGAUGGCAGCAGUGACUAUGGGCUUUGGAGAUCCUCUCUCACCUUUGCAAUCGAUGGCUGCUCAGAGGCAAAGAGCAUUAGCAAUUAUGUGUCGGGUUUAUGUUGGCUCAAUAUACUAUGAGCUGGGUGAAGACACAAUACGCCAGGCUUUUGCACCGUUUGGACCCAUCAAGAGCAUAGAUAUGUCCUGGGACUCUGUUACAAUGAAGCACAAGGGCUUUGCUUUUGUUGAAUAUGAGGUUCCAGAGGCUGCACAAUUGGCUUUAGAGCAGAUGAAUUCAGUUAUGUUAGGAGGAAGGAACAUCAAGGUUGGUAGGCCAAGUAACAUUGGACAGGCACAGCCUAUUAUUGAUCAGCUUGCAGAAGAAGCACGGUCAUACAACAGAAUUUAUGUGGCUUCAGUACACCAAGACCUGUCGGAUGAAGAUAUCAAAAGUGUAUUUGAAGCUUUUGGGAAAAUUAAGUCAUGUACAUUACAUAGAGACCCCACAACAGGAAAACAUAAAGGCUACGGAUUCAUUGAAUAUGAAAAAGCCCAGUCCGCCCUGGAUGCAGUGUCAUCUAUGAACCUCUUCGAUCUAGGGGGUCAGUACCUCAGAGUGGGGAAAGCAGUCACUCCUCCAAUGCCUUUGAUAGCCCCUUCAACACCUGGAGGGUUGCCUCCUGCUGCUGCUGUAGCUGCUGCAGCUGCGACAGCAAAAAUCACAGCUCAGGAGGCAGUAGCAGGUGCAGCAGUACUGGGUGGCCUCACAGCACCAGGGUUGGUUACACCAGCGUUGACUCUUGCACAGCCACUUGGAGCACUGCCACAAGCUGUCAUGGCAGCACAAGCCCCAGGAGUCAUCACAGGUGUCACUCCAACUCGCCCUCCAAUUCCAGUUACCAUUCCCCAAGUUGGGGUAGUUAAUCCUGUUCUUUCCAGUCCACCAGUGGUUGGGACAGCAGCACAAGAGCCAAAAAAAGAAGAGGAGGAAGUGCUCCAGGAGUCUGAAAGACCAGAAAUGCUGAGUGAGCAAGAGCACAUGAGCAUUUCUGGUAGCAGUGCAAGACACAUGGUCAUGCAGAAGUUAAUGAGGAAACAGGAGUCAACGGUGAUGGUGCUGCGAAACAUGGUGGGUCCCGAAGAUAUAGACGACGACCUUGAGGGUGAGGUAACAGAAGAGUGUGGGAAAUUUGGAUCAGUCAACCGUGUCAUUAUCUACCAAGAGAAACAAGGAGAAGAGGAAGAUGCAGAAAUAAUAGUGAAAAUCUUUGUGGAAUUUUCUAUGCCUUCAGAAACUCACAAAGCCAUACAAGCUUUGAAUGGUCGUUGGUUUGGUGGCAGAAAGGUUAUUGCAGAAGUAUACGACCAGGAGAGAUUCGAUAACAGUGACCUUUCUUCAUGAACAAUUUCUAAAAUAUUUUAUCUUUUUUUUUUUUUUUUUUUUUUACACUUGUAUUAUGUUGUAGUUAAAUGUGCUAAGUAAAAUUUUUUGUGACUA